GUAGCAGGUGGAUGUUUUUCUGUGGGUCAAAUCAAUCAGGGACGAUACUCCGGUUUCAGUCCUUAAUAUCUCCGUUAUCUCUAAGUCAAAGGUCUUUUACCGGGACUUUGAUGUCCUGCGGUCUCCGGUAACUUCCGCUCGGUCUCUCUGUCCUCACCCACCCUCUCAUGGCCUCCAGGCGGCCGGACAGCUUCGACGGGCUCGGCUUCCGCGGCCGCGAUGACCCGCUGUACGGAGCCAGCUACCCGGGGAGAAGCUCCGGAGGCCCCGCCGAGCUGCAGCACCAUCACUGGGUCACCACGCCGCCGGACAUCCCGGGGAGUCGGAACCUGCACCACGGAGAGCGGACACCUCAGUACGAGGAGCCGCUGGGAGAGCCCGGAGCUCCGGGAGCGGGCUGGGAGGCUCCACAGCCCGGGGUACCUCCAGCAGAGCAGCUGAAUCGAUUUGCAGGAUUCGGGAUCGGACUGGUCAGCCUCUUCACUGAGAACGUCCUCGCUCAUCCCUGCAUCGUCUUCCGCAGACAGUGCCAGGUGAACUACCACGCCCGCUGUUACCACCUGACUCCAUUCAGCGCCGUUGCCGUCAUGUACUCCAUCACUAAAGCCCAGGGUCCUAAGGCUCUGUGGAAGGGGAUGGGCAGCACCUUCAUCGUUCACGGUAUCUCACUGGGGGCGGAGGGCAUCAUCAGUGAGCUAACACCAUUACCACGGGAACUUCCUCAUCGGUGGAGCUGGAAACAGUUGGCAGGUCAUCUACUGCUGAAAGGGUUAACAGCUGUGGUGGCUCUUCCUUUCUACUGUGCCAGCCUGAUCGAGACAGUCCAGAGUGAGAUCGUACGUGAUGAAGCGUCCUCGGGGCUGCUAGAUUGUCUCAGAGAAGGUUUCACUCGUCUGUUUGGCGUUGGCGCUCCCCACAGCCGCCGUCUGCUCCCACUCAGCUCUCUGCUGCUUCCUGUCGCGCUGCACGCCAUCCUGCGAUACGCCAUUGCCACCUCCAUCCAGCGGGCGGCGCUGUGGCUGCACCAGCGGAGCAGGAAGCAGCGAUCCGACCCCUCCAACCCGCUGGACGCCUACUUCCCUGAGCUGGCGGCGGCGUGGGCGGGGUCUCUGGUCGCAGACAUCGUGGUGUUUCCUCUGGAGACGGCGCUGCACCGCCUCGGCCUGCAGGGCACACGCACCAUCAUCGACGCCACGGACGGCGUCGUCGCCGUAGGAAGCGGAGGCAGCCCGAUGGUGCUGCCCGUCAACACGCAGUACGACGGCUUCUCCGACUGCCUCCACGCCAUCCGACGCAAGGAGGGCAGGGCCGGGUUCUACCGUGGCUUCGGAGCGCUGGCGGCACAGUAUGCGCUGCAUGGCGCGCUGCUGGCUGCUGCCAGGACGCUGCUGAGGCUACUGCUGCUGGAGGGGCGGGGCUGCUAGAGACACCAAAUGCUGUCGCCAUGACCACCAAACAUUCUGUCAGUCUGUCGGCAGGAAGUGGCGAGAUGAUCAGAGGACGAUUUUAGUUUAUUUAUGUUAAAAUAUUUCAAAAAAACAAACAAAAAAGUCUGAACAAUUUAGAACAAACAUGAAGAAUCAGAGGAACGACCUGAUUGGUUCAUCUGCACAAUCCCCAUGCCACUACAACGCCAUAGCAACCAAUCACCCACAUGAAUCAUCAGAACUCCAUAGCAACAACCCUCAGCUUCCCUGGAGUAACCAUAGCAACCAAAGAACAUGUUUUUUGCUGCCAUAGCAACCAGAAGUCCAACUCCAGGGAAAAAAUGGAACCAUGCCACAAUUACCCGUUAGCUUAAGGGUUAGCUGUUAGCUUAGCAGCAGGCUUAGAGGGAAGGGUUAGCUGUUAGCUUAGCAGCAGGCUUAGAGGGAAGGGUUAGCUGGUAGCUUAGCAGCAGGCUUAGAGGGAAGGGUUAGCUGGUAGCUUAGCAGCAGCACUUAGAGGGAGGGGUUAGCUGGUAGCUUAGCAGCAGGCUUAGAGGGAAGGGUUAGCUGGUAGCUUAGCAGCAGCACUGGGAGGGAAGGGUUAGCUGGUAGCUUAGCAGCAGCACUUAGAGGGAAGGGUUAGCUGUUAGCUUAGCAGCAGGCUUAGAGGGAAGGGUUAGCUGGUAGCUUAGCAGCAGCACUUAGGAGAACAGGUUAGCCAUUAGCUGUUAGCUUAGCAGCAGCACUGGGAGGGAAGGGUUAGCUGUUAGCUCUUCAUCAAGACUGAGAAGUGAGGGUUAGCCAUUAGCUUAGCUUCAUCAAACACCAACAGUUUUCUGUUGUGCUCUGACUUUGAAAGUUUGCCCUGAUGUCACUUCCUGCCUGAUCAAUGAAAUAUUUUGGUGUUCAUGUGUCGCCAUGGAGACUUUGCACCACUUCCUGUUCCAGCAUGACGUCCUGAUCCAGUGUUAAUAAUAGUAAUAAUGAUUUAAUGUGCGCUGUGAGCUGAUUGGUGGAGGGUACUCUGUGUAAAUAACCUGCAGACAGUGAACAGGCGGAGACUCUUUAUGUAAAAAGCUGUAAAAACAAAGAGAAGCUCUGUAUAUCAAAGAAACGUAGAGUAACUUAUCCUUCAGUCACUGAUAUUUAAAUCUAGUUUAUGUUGAAAAAAUGACGUUAAAUGUGGCGAUUUUCAGACUGAGACGGGCGUACGCUGGUCUGUUUAGACACCAGAAAUUUACGGUAUAAAGAAAAAUAAAUAUACAUAUAUAUAUAUUUACUCACAUAUGUCCAGGUCCUUCUACCAUUCAUGAUCAGUAAUAGGACACAAGGAUGGAAUGUUUCUAAGCUUUGAUGACAUCACACUCUAAAGUCCUUUAAAGACUUCAAAGGAUGGCAUCAUCAGAGGCAGAGGAUGGAAUGUUUCUAAGCUUUGAUGACAU